ACCUCCAUAAUCACAUUAAAAAAAGGGAAGGAAUGGAGUAGAAUAAAAUGUGACUUUUUUCAUGCUGAAUAACACUAUAUAAAAGGCGACUUAAGAAGAUAAGAAACCGAAGCUCAACUUUUCGAGCGUGAGGACAUAAAGGGCUCCUGACAUCAGAUAACUACGAAACAUGAUGAAAAUUCUUUUCUGCAGCUUCAUCUUGUCUCUUUUCAGCGUUUCAGCUGAGCAUUCUGGACACAGACGGAAUUGUCAUGAUUUGUGGUAUUAUCAAAACAUUCGGAACACAGGAAACUACGAAAUAGAUGUUGAUGAUGAUGGUCCUCUUGCUCCCAUUAUAGUCGAAUGUGAUAUGGGAGACGGAAGAGAUUCUCAUGAAGUGCUAACUGUUCUUCAUCAUGAUGCUGAAGAUCUCACGUUAAUUCGGGGAUUUGAAAUGCGUGGAAAUAUAACGUAUACAGACGCUACGGAAGAGCACAUGAUGAUCUUGAUUGAUUCGUCCUUUUCCUGCCAGCAGUAUAUGAAAGUACUUUAUAAGGGGACGCUAUUCGAUUCCUGGAAUCGUGAAAAAGCUAAGAUUCGGUGGGUUGGAAGGAAUUGGAAAGAUCAGUAUUACUGGGAUGGAGAUGAAACGGACAGUGGGAACUGUGGAUGCUAUCCUGACUGUCACUCCACAUCUAGAAACAGCACAUGUAAUAGUGACACGAAUUUAGAACAAACGUGGUUAAUGGAUGUCGGGCUUCUGAUGGAUUCUAGUCGCCUUCCAGUGUUGCAGCUGAGAUUCGAAGGAACAAAAGCUAUGCAUUAUGAACUAGGACCCCUAAUUUGUAGGGCAGAAGGUUUCAGAGAUGUCUUCAUGGGCGUUUUCAGGCCUCCCUAUCAAUUUACAACACCUGGAUUUGACAAUGGUAUGUAUCCACCGCCUUUCUAUAGGUACACUUGGACAAUAAAGGCUUCGGAAUAUGAGGUCACGGAGUUAGUCUUUCCGGAAUAUGAUGUUGUACAUUAUGCCUCUUACAAUGCGAUUCCAGAAUGCAGGAAUGUAGUCACUCUUCGAGCACAAGAAGGAAACAGCAAGCCAGUGCUCUUCACUAAGCAAACCAGUCCUCCCUAUUAUGUUUCUGAUGGAUCAGAGUUGGUAAUGAAUUUAACAUUGACUACAUGCAAUCAGGAUAGUCAUCUACGACGAAGGAAAGGUUUCAAAGCAUCUAUUGGAAGCGCUGAUUGUCCUGGAACUUAUGUUGGAACUGGUGAAAAUAAGGGAAUUACUUACAUCCGAUCAAUAUGCAGCGUCAUUGCCUCAAAAGAGUAUCCUUUCCCGUACAAUUUCCCGUACAUUUCUUCAGAUGUGUCCAAUGAAUACACACAUAGUUGGAUUUUUCAAGUCUUUCGAAAUUACGUGAUAAGAUUAGAAUUCAACGAUUUCGAUAUCCCAGCUGAUUCCGGAGCAAAGAACUGCACACCCGAGAGUGGAAUUCUUUGGAUAUAUAACGGCAUAGGUACCAGCAGCGAGAGACUCAUUGGAAGCUUCUGCAACUUAAAUCGGAAAGGCAUAGUUUACUCAACUUCCAACUAUAUGACUUUAGUGUUCAGCACGAGGUGGAAAAGGACGGGCAAUGGAAGAGGCUUCCAAGCAGUAUUUUCAGCUGAGAAACAGCGGGAGGAAAUAAAGACAUGCGCAGAGCCGCUUGGUAUGGAAUCUGGAGAAAUCUCUAAUUUACAGGUGAUUGCAACCUCUAACGAAAAUGAAGAAAAUUAUUUCUUUACGAACGGCAGAUUAAACUCUGUCUCUGGAUGGUGCGCUGCGUUUCAAGAUUCUGCUAAGGAAUUUAUGGUCGAUUUUUGGGAAUUGGUUACUGUGAAUGGUAUCGUUCUACAAGGUUUGAAAGGAGCCUCACAACGAACUGCUGUGAAAAGAUUUUACAUCUCUUUUAGCAACAAUUCUUUGGUCUGGAGAUUUGAAGAAGAACCCAUUGGUCGACAGAAAAUCUACGUAUGUGACCAGUGUGAAUCUGACGAUUACACGAACGAUCUAGAAAUAAGAUUUAAUUUCCUAAAGCCGGUAUCAACUAGAAAAGUGCAGAUUAAAAUUCUCGAGUAUUACGAACGACCAUGUCUACGAUUAGAAGUUCUAGGAUGCAAAGGGAAUGAAAAUUGAUUUCCACAUCUUGGUCGAGCAGCAUUCUCUCGUGUUAUUCCUAAAGAAUUUAACUUACCCAACAAAUAAAGAAUAUGACUAGAAUCUUUUCAGCGUAGAAAACUCUAAUGUGACAGACAGACUUUGAUGCUAAGCUAACAUUUAAUUUUUUGAUGAAAAUGUUCUUUUAAAUUAGUUUACUGAUUAGAAUGUAUUGUGUAUUUUAAAAUCUGAAAUCAUUCUCUUUUAUGUGUAAUUAUCUUCUUCCUUUACUCUGACAGUUAUGUUACUUUAAUAUUUGAAAUAUAAUAAAACAUAUUCCUCAAA